GUGUUGACGAGCGAGACUAUUUCAGUAGCCUAUUCUGAUUGCGCCGAAGGAAGUUUCAUCAUUCUCCUUUAUGUAAAUUCAGUAACUUACUUUUGUGUGUGAUGGGCGUGAAAUGUGAUACAGUACCGACAUGAAGUCCGGAGAGGAGACGGAUUACGAGGGAGACCUAAAUAGUUUGCCCGACGACUCCAACUUUGUCAAACCUUAUUUAUUAGAACUGAGACAGAGGGCACAGAAAGACAUCAUCGACCCGCAGCAAAGCUUGAAUUGGUCCGACAGUUUUCUAAUAAAGUUUCUGCGAGCGAGAGACUUUAAUGUUGAGCUGUCACUGAAGCUACUCGUUAAUUACCAGCGUUGGAGGAGGGAGUGCCCAGAGAUCAGUGCCAACCUGCAGCCGUCCUCUGUCCUGGGACUCCUCCAGAAUAACUACCAUGGAGUGCUGAGGGACCGGGACCUCAGCGGCAGCAGAGUGCUCAUCUAUAGGAUCGGCCAGUGGAACCCCAAAGACUUCACAGUGUACGAGGUGUUCCGGGUCAGUCUGAUCACAUCUGAGCUGAUCGUCCAGGAGACGGAGACCCAGAGGAAUGGACUAAAAGCCAUUUUUGACAUGCAGGGAUGGUGCUUCGCUCACGCCCUCCAGAUCAACCCCUCCCUGGCCAAGAGGAUCUCCUCUGUGCUCACAGACUCGUUCCCUCUGAAGGUGCGAGGAAUCCAUCUGAUCAACGAGCCCAUAUUCUUCAGACCUGUCUUCGCCAUGCUCCGCCCAUUUCUGCCUGAUAAGAUCAAACAGCGGAUCCACAUGCAUGGCAGCACCUUCAAAGAGACUCUGAGGGAUUUCUUCUCCGAAGACAUCCUCCCCCAGGAGUACGGGGGCAGCGGCCCCUCCAUGGAAGAGGUGUGUCAGGAGUGGACCUCCCACAUCCUGCAGUCUGAGGAACUCCUCACCCAGCUCUCCAUCUACCCUGCAGGAGAUGAGGUCACCUCUGACCCAGAACCUGACAGCCAGUCUGCCUACAGCUCCUGACUCCCCAUAGACUACACAUCCCAGAGUGCAUCUCACUGACCAACCACACAACUCUUAGCAUUCUUCUGAAGUCCAAUUCCAAUUUCUUAUUCCUUUCUUCACCUUCUUUUUUUAAGGGAAGUCCAAUCGAUAUGGUUGGGGUGCACAACUUGAGCUCUUGGUCCAAGAUUGUCUGCUAGUUUUGAGUUUACAAGAGUAUCCUGUUUAUUUAAAGUUUUUAUCAGUAGUCGAUGAAAAGAUAGGAUGAUGAUGAGGGAUGCUCGGUAGGAGCUAGUGCUCAAAAUAGUAUAAUAACACAUUGGAAUUGGGCCUAGACUACUUUUCGCCAUCUCAUCUGUUUUAUGGGUUUUGCAAACAUUUAUAUUAUCGGGACGGCAGGUAGCCUAGCAGGUGGGAGCGUUGGGCCAGUAACCGAAAGGUUGCUAGAUCGAAUCCCAGAGCUGACAAGGUAAAAAAUGUCAUUCUGCCCCUGAACAAGGCAGUUAACGCACUGUUCCCCGGGUGCAAAAGUGUUGAUUAAGGCAGCGCUCUGAUUCAGAGGGGUUGGGUUAAAUGCGGAAGACUGACUAGGUAUCCCCUUUACUCAACCAACUGUCUUCUACCAUAAUGUGUUAAAACAGAAGGCAAGGUUAAAGACAUAUAUAUUUGAGCUAUUUUUACAAUUCUGUGAAUGUCUACUGUAGUAGUGAUGUAUAUUUUUAUACUAUGAUUGGUGUUUUAAUUAAUUAUGAAGAUUAAGUGCUUAGUUCUUUACUCAAAUAAGUAUAAGCUGAUACAGCCUGUUCUUGGAAAGAUCCGUUAACCCAGAUUGAUAAUACAAGAUAGCAAAAAUCCCUGAAUAUCCUUUGUCCAGCCUGUAGUAGCAAACUCUGAGGAAAUUGAUUCAGUUCUUUGCUGUUUUGUCUUUUUCUCACAGAAGAUGAUGAAAGAAAGGUGUCCUCAGAAAUGUUCACAUUGUAGCAAAAUUGGAGAGAUUUUAAAAAUUGACAAUGUUUUCAACAUCUCUCUCACUCAGAUGAGAGAAGUGCUGAAUACAUCUCUGUAUGUUAUUACAGAAGUUCUAGUCCAAUGAAAGCUGCUGAGGGGAGGACGGCACAUAAUGGCUGGAAUGGAGUGGUAUCAAACGCGUGGUUUACAUGUGGUUCAUACCAUUCCAUUGACUCCAUUCCAGCCAUUGUUAUGAGCUGCUCUCCCUUCAGCAGCAUCCACUGCUCUAGUCCAUUCCCUGUCUUUAUGUGAAACAGUCCAAAGGUCUAAAAGCUGUCCAGAGGGGCAGUGUGAUGAGCUUAGUUAGGUUCUCUCACAACAUUAUGUUGAGCCUGGCUGGGAUCUUUCUCAGUCUACUGUGUUGAGUUUGGCUGGGCUCUCUCCCCUCCUGACCAUAGGCCCUCAGUAAACGCAGUAAACAAGCCCUCUGUCCAUGUUUGAGGAGAUUUCAUUACAUUUGGAUGGCUUGAUUUAAUCAUGUUCAGUUAUGCUUUAUUUGUGUCCGUUUGUUUGGGAGCAAGACGAGCAAAAUGAUUUUUGAUGAAGUGCCUCUUUGUGUUUUUCUAUUGAUAUUCUACUUGAGGCUUGUUGGAACACAUUGCUUGCUACAUCUUUAUGACCAAUAUCAUUGCAUUGAGGAAAUGUGAACAUACCAGUAAUUUAAAAGAACUUUUGUAAGCUUUGCGUCAUUCAGUGGUUCCUGAUAGACCGUCAUCUUGCUUCCUCAUAUGGCAAAGGUUUACUUUUCCUACUAUUAUUAGUUUUUGGAAUAGUACUGUAAUUAAACAACUUGCACUAUUGAAAGUUUAUUAAACCGCUGUAAUUGAAUGCCCUAUAGAAGGUGAAUAUUUUAUUAAAAUAUCAAAUUAAUAUCA